GAACCCUAAAACCCUAGAGAAGUGAAAUUAGGGCGAUGGCGAGUAGCGAGGGCGCCCGGGCUCCAUCGUUUCUGCCUCUAGAGGCCGGCGCCGCCGGGAGCUCCAAGAAGAGGAAGCAGCGGAGCUCUUCUUCCCGGAUUCUCACAGAAUUUGAUGAGCAAGGCAAGAGAAGAUCUUCUGUGGUCUACAUUGGAAGGAUUCCACACGGUUUUUAUGAAGAUCAAAUGCGAGGAUACUUCUCUCAAUUUGGGGCUGUGACACGACUACGCCUUUCUCGCAAUAAGAAGACUGGAAAGUCUAAGCACUACGCUUUUGUAGAGUUUGAAACGCCAGAGAUUGCUCAAAUCGUCGCCGAGAGCAUGAACAACUAUCUCAUGUUUGGAAGGAUGCUUCAAGUAAAGAUUGUUCCGACUGAUCAAAUCCAUCCAUCUUUAUGGAAUGGAGCAAACAAGAAGUUCUACUUACCUUCCAAAACUAAGACCAACGAGGAGAUGAGUUUAGAACGAAGGCAGCGCUUGGUGGAAAAAUUCGCGCGCAAGGAUAAAGCACGGCGGACAAAACUACAGGCUCUUGGCUACGAUUACCCAGAAAUUGAAAUAUCAAAUCUAGCGCCUACGAAGACGAGGUUUGAUUAAAACACGAGAAACAUUUGAAGCAUAGAGUUUUUCUUUUUAUGAGGCUAGUAUGAAAAAAUAUCCCUUUUUUAAAAUUAAAGUAGUGGUUCUUAAAACUAAUAUAAAUGUUUUUAAUGUAUUUUACAUUA